UAAAAUUGUUUUUACAAUAAAAUAUAAUUUCACAAGAGUAAUUGAUUAUUACAACUUUAAGUAGAAACAAUAUCUCGAAAAUUUUAUUUAAUUGUUAAAAUGAAAAUUAUAUUAUUACUAGUUUUGAGUAUAUCAUUGUAUCUUCCAUCGAAUACACAAGAUGAUUGCCCAAGCGAAAUAAUUUGCAUAAUAACUGGAAGAAUCUGGUUAAGUACUUUUAAAUUCAAUGUAUCCACUUUGCCAGAAGAUUGUGGUAUAUUUACUGUAGGUAAUUAUGCUUUUGACCGUGAUGAUGGCACUAAUUCCCAUUUCAUGGAAUCAGAUAAAGGUGUCGUAAAGAGCUUGACUAAACUUAACAAAAUUGUUUACACGCGCAUUGGGUUCCAAUAUACUGAUAAUUGGCCCUCAAUAUUUGAAGCAGACGAGAGUUCUACAAAUUAUCAGUCAGAAACAAUAGAUCCAUUAGUCACUUUUUUAAAUGCAUUCAAUAUUAGUGGUAUUUUCAUUAAUAUGGAUACCAUUUAUGAUGGCUAUGCAGAUUAUCCCAAAAAAAUUUCUACUUUUGUCACCAAAGUCAAACAAUCAGUAAAACGUGAUCUAAAAUUCGGUUUAGAAGUAGAUUCAUCGACCUAUAAAAACUUUUCAAUAUCUGAGUAUUUUGAUUUUUCAAUAACAAAUAAAGUGUUGGAUAUUUAUAUAAUUGAUUUUUCACUCUUAAACGAAUGUGAUUCAGAUGGUCAUAAAUAUGGUUUAGCUCCAAUAGAAUGCAAAAAUCCAAAUAUGACGACUAUGGAUCAAGUGACUGCUGCUGUAACUAAUUCAUCCAUGGAUCAAUCGAAAAUUUAUUGUCUUGUAGCAACAUCAGCAAUUCUUCCCGAGGGUCAAAUCUUAAACAAAAAGCGAAUUACAACAGUUUCUACGCUUUGUAACGGUACCAGUGACAGUUCAUUAAAUACAAGUACAUGGUGUUCGAAUCCUUCUGAACUUUCAUAUCAACAAGGUGGUUACGCAAAAAAACACUACAAAGGAAUAGUAAUACUGCAACUUGAUACAGAUGAUUAUGAUGAUACAUGUGGUUGUGGUCUAUUUCCAGUGACAAAUAUAUUUAUUAAUGGAUGGAAAUCAAGUAGUUUUUCACCGUGUGCUAAGAUAGAUCAAAUUACGCAGUCUUAAUUAAAAAUGUAUAAAUAAAACUAUAACUAUUACGCUAUACAGUAAUAAUAAUUAAUAGAUAUUCAUCAAUAUUCUUACUAAAUGUUCAUAAAUAAAGGUGUUUAAAUCAUUAAAAAUAUUAAUGUAUCUAGCUACUU